CCCUCUCCUCUCCAGCGGACCCCUCCUCCGGACUCCCGCGUGGGGCCCCCAGCCCCCGGGCUCUCCAGCGCCCGCCGAGCGCGGAGUCGAGCUGCACCUGGGGGAGGGGAGUCCUGGGCGGGCCCGGCCGGGGAAGACGCCUGGGGCACUGCCCGGCGCUAACAAAGGAAGCCGGCUGCUGGCCGGCGUGGGCGCCCAGCGGGCUGCAGCGUGGAGCCUCCGGAGGAGCCGCAGCCUCCAUGGCCGAGAGCGCUGCGCGCAGGCAGGGUUAGGCCAGUUGUACAGACUGCAGUGAGCACCGCAGAGAGAAGCUGUGAAUGACAUGGAGCCCAGCUGAAAUGAACAGGCCCCUGGAGCCUGUUGCAAGCCCUGGUGUCAGGUCUCCCUCCGUCCCAGCGCUGAGAUGAGGAAACUGUGCAGAUGGUACCAGAGCAUGUCAUUUUCCCCCAGUGGCUGCAUUAAUCCUGAGUUCAGAGUGGCCGACUCUUAUCAGGGACUGUGGAGAACUAGCCGUGAUGGAGACCCAGUGCCCCCCCAAAGAGGUUCUGCGCUCCUGGCUCUUAGAAAACUCAAGACAGUUCUGAGGACUUCACAAGUCUUUUCCAUCAGUGCCUGCCUAGCUGGGAAAAGAUUUAAUCUCAGAUGGUGUUUGAUCGUCCUGGGAAGAAUGAGCCUUGGCCUCCAGACCCCGUAAAGCGAACGUCCCUCCCAUGGAGAAGAACGCCAGUUCCUGAAGACCUGGAGGGCCGGCAGUCACAGGGAGAAUAGCCAGCAGCCAGCAGUAGGCCCUGUGCUGGACACUGGGCUUUCAGAAAGAGUGCCGGGAGGAGUUCAUAUCUAGCAGAUGCAAGCACUGCAAAGCACUCGAUUUCCUGAGGAGCAAGGAGAGUGCUGCAGAGCAGGUGAGCCCCACUGGUGGUCAGAGCAGAAAGGCGAUGCUGUCUGAGUGGACAGACAGAUGGACCAGGGGAGAGAAUGCAGCAGUGCCAGGGCCCGGAGACUUACGAAAUCAGUCCAGUGUGACUGGGAAAUUCAAAGGUUGGUCUGUUUCCCCAAAAAAUUUGUGGAGAGAAGUUUGCUUCUCCUUUCCCUCAGUCGGGCUGUUUAGAUGAAACUUCUUCAGCUUAUGUCAUUAGAACACUUUGAGAGAGGAAAAAGUGUCUAGAAGCUCUAAGUGCCUAUGAGUAGAAACUCCAGCCAGCUGGUGGGCUUGGAGUCUCAACAGACGGUCCAUGUGAGCCUUAAUGCGAGGCUAAAAGUGAGUGCUCUGAGGCCAUAAUGGGGUAUAGGCCCCAAAAGCUGAGUAUGUCUGAGGGGUACAAGAUCGUCGUUCAGCCUGGCUUUUUGCGGAAAUUCUUUCCUAGGAAACCCAACCUUUGAGAAUAGGUACUGGCAGGAAGCUUGGACCAGCCUGCUAAAUACCAGCUCCCUCUGAGCCUCAGCUCUAGAGAAAAUGAAUCCUGGCCCCCCACCCCACAGUCUCCUUUCACCUAUACACAUAGAAGUCAAGUCCUAACUCUGCCAUUUCCAAGUCAUGCAACUUUGAAAAUUGCUUUGCAUUGACAAGUCACCCCUUUCUUCAGCUAUAAAUGGUGCUAAUAAGAUCUUCUCUGCCUGUCUCACAGGGCUGUAUAGAACAUAAAGUGAAAGGGCCUCAUUACACACACGUAAUGGCUAAAGCAACACGGAUGGUGAGUGUGACUUUUCUGCAAAUAACCUGGCAGACUGGAUUAUUUCUCUAGGGACCCUGAUUCCCGAGCCCUGCUUCGUCAACACUGACUUUUCAUUGCCCCUUAUCACACCUGUUCUUUUGUAGAAAGUCUGUGAACUUUAGAGUCAGACCCAUCUGGGCUGGAAUUCUGGUUCAAGCACUGAUUACCUGUUGACGUGGCGAAGUCUCAUAACCUUGCUAAGUCUCAGCUUCUUAAUUUUCUAGAACGCAGUUUUCAAUCUCUAUCCCGUAGUAUUGUGGUGAGAAUUACAUGAGACAUGGCAUGUAAAGCACCUAGCGCGUAGUAGGUCCUCCUUAAAUGCUGCUUUCCCUUCUUCUCUAGUUCAUCUCCAGUUGUGACAGGGUCAUGUGAUCAGCUGCACUGAAUGUUAGAGGAAAUGGAAUUCCUUAGUUUUUUGACAAUGCAGCAAGCCCCCUUACCACUUUAUGGUCUCAUAUUUGAAUAAUUCUCCCUCUGUGUGCAUGUCAUCCCUUCUAAAACUUCAGCCGCCAGAGGUAGGAACCUCAGAGCCAUCAGAGGGCUCUGAGAUGGUGGCAAGCGCUGCUUUGGUUGGUAUUGCCAGUGGAUUCCAAAGCAGUCAGGACCCGAGAUUCCAAAUGAAGAGUCCAAAGCUCAGGUUGAUUAGUUGUGACCACUCUGCCCUCUUUCUUGGCCCACAUGGCCCCCACCUCGCCCUCAUGCAGCCCCCCAUCUCUAUUCAAUGUACCUCUUGUGCUGGUACGUUGACCUAGUUCAAAGCCCAUUAGCAUCAUCCUCUGUCUGACCCUUCCCAAAACUCCAGGAAUGAUAUACAGCAGAGAUGAUUAUUUUGCAGGAAUGUAGGCACAAAGAGAUUAAGUGAUCUGUCCAAGUUCACCAAGAAUGGGAACAAGGACAUAGGUUACACGAAUACACAGUCAGUACUCUACCACCUUAUCCCUGAUAUUCUUGGGAAUGGACUCCAUGGGAAGGUACGGCAGACCCCUCGUGGGUUAGAAAAACUGUGGGUGCAAUUGUUUUGACUCAUUCUGGUAAAAUAAACCUAGUGAUUUAGGAAAGAACUUAAUGUUUUCCAAAGGAUGCAGACAUUGUUUGAGUUCAAAGUGCUUCCAUCUUUCAUUUAGUUACACAAUAAAUUCUGAGAAAACAAACUAGGCCUUUACCUAGAUAUAAAGACAACUAUUCAGGCUCCAUUUGCUUAGUGAAAUCCAUUUUCCAGAAAUUGCAGCAGUUCUACAUGUGGUGUAGGACAUGGAUUAUGGAAUCAAGUGCACUUGGAUUUGAACCUCAGUGCAACCAUUUACUCAGCUCUGUUGUCCUGGACACUUCCCUUGACCUCUCAGAGCCUCAUGUUGCUAAUCUAUAAAAAUGGGGAUUAAUACGCUUUCAUGGCUAGUUAUGGUCAGGGCUCCUCUGCACAGCUCAGGAGAUGCCCUUCAUAUUAGGUUCUGAAGUGAAUGGUGCUUCCUGGAGUUGGGUGUCAUUGUGGCCCUGGUUAUGGUGAAAUUGUAUGAAAUAACAUGGUUUGCUCAAUGAAGUUUUGUUUUUGUUUCCUUAAAUGGUCACAUGUUGACUGUCUUAUCAAGAUUUGCAAUCCUCAACCAUGAGGUGAGUCACCUUCCCAUCUCUUAGUGUUCUUGCUAAGUGCUACGGAAAGCUGAAUGUUAUGAAGCUAACCUUUGGUCUUCUUCUCAUGCGGGAUUCUAACACCAAAGCUCUUAGAGAGAUACAUUAUAAAUCUGUGGCAUUGUCUAUGGCAAGAGGUCUCUUUCUGGCUAUUUUAAAGGGUGUAGGCCUUCUUAGGGUUUCAGGGAGGUUGAGUUCUGGUGAGGUAGACAAAUCAGCCUGCUCUUCCUUUUCAUUCUAUUUUUUCAAGCUUGCGUGCAUUUAUUUAACAGGGCAGGUCUUACUUAAGAGCUGAACUGGUGUGUAAGACAUAGUUCCUGCCCUCAAAAGCUCAGAGUGCAGCCUGGGCGCUAGACCAAGAGAAUGCAAAACUAAGAUUCAGAGUGUGAAAAGGAAUGGUGGAAGAAUAUGUAAAGUGCUUAUGGCUCAGAGAGGAAGAAAAGGGCCGUCAGAAGGACUGCCCUCUAUGUACAUAGCCCAAGCUGAGGUUGAAUUUUUUUUUGAGAGUUGCUUAAGGUAGCUGGUAGGAGAUAGUCCAGGGCUAGAAUUCUGUUCUCCUCACUCUAAAUCCAUUGGUUGGCCCAUCACCCAGCCUUACGUCGAUUACCACUUCUGGAUUUUCUUUACAUAAUUUAUUUUUUCUUCUCUCACUUUUUUUAGGCCUGUUUUCCUCCUUAGAACGAAGCGGCUUCCCUGAACGCGUCUUUCAUUAUGAUUCACAUCAUCCUCAGGAAAAAGCUUAGCUGCUUUGUCCUGGCCUUUUUCCUGUUUGCCAUCGUCUGUGUGUGGAAGGAAAUGAAGAAAGGGAGUUACUAUGAUUCCCUUAAAUGGGAAACUGAAGGAUCCCCGCUGGUGAUGGGUCUGGGGAAAAUGGCCAUGGGGUCUGGUCCACAGUCAAAAGUCAGCACCCAGCACCUCCGCAGGAGCAACCAGGCCCUCAACUGCACCAAGGCCUCAGCCAAGGCCAAGCCACAGCCCUCCUUCCAGGUGUGGAACAAGGACAGCUCUUCCAAAAACCUCCCCUCCAGGUUGCAGAAUAUCAGGAAAAAUUACCUGAACAUGAACAAGUACAAAGUAUCCUAUAAGGGGCCAGGGCCAGGGGUCAAGUUGAGUGCAGAGGCCCUGCGCUGCCACCUCCGGAACCACGUGAAUGUAUCCAUGGUAGAGUCCAUAGAUUUUCCCUUCAAUACCUCCGAGUGGGAGGGUUACCUGCCCAAGGAGAACAUCAGGACCAAGGCUGGGCCGUGGGGCAAGUGUGCUGUUGUCUCUUCAGCAGGAUCUCUGAAGUCCUCCCAACUGGGCCGAGAAAUAGAUGAUCAUGAUGCUGUCCUGAGGUUUAACGCGGCACCCACAGCCAAUUUCCAACAAGAUGUGGGUACGAAAACUACCAUUCGCCUGAUAAACUCACAGCUGGUCACCAUAGAAGGCCGCUUCCUCAAAGACAGUUUAUACAAUGAAGGAAUCCUAAUUGUGUGGGACCCGUCUGUAUACCAUUCAGAUAUCCCAGAGUGGUACCAGCAUCCCGACUACAGUUUCUUUAACAACUACAAGAGCUAUCGUAAGAUGCAUCCCAAUCAGCCCUUCUACAUCCUCAGGCCCCAGAUGCCUUGGGAGCUAUGGGACAUCCUUCAGGAAAUCUCCCCAGAGGAGAUUCAGCCAAACCCACCAUCCUCUGGGAUGCUCGGCAUCAUGAUCAUGAUGACGCUGUGUGACCAGGUGGAUAUUUAUGAAUUCCUCCCAUCCAAGCGCAAGACUGACAUAUGCUACUACUACCAAAAGUUCUUUGACAUCGCCUGCACAAUGGGCGCCUACCACCCACUCCUCUUUGAGAAGAACAUGGUGAAGCACCUGAACCAGGGUGCAGACGAGGACAUUUACCUGCAUGGAAAAGCCACCCUGCCUGGCUUCCGGAGUACUCACUGUUGAGCAGGGGCUCCCUGACCAGGCCCCUUACCUUUCUCCAUGGGAUGUUUUCCAGUUGGUCCUUUAGCUACCCUAGGCCUGCGAAGACCAUGUUCUGGAGCUACACCAACCUGUUCCUUGUGUUCUGUUAGCAGAGCU